AAUUAUACAUUUCUAACAUAUGGCUCCUACAUCACUGUUUUAACUCAGUGUUAGAGUAGUUGUUGCUUAUUGUCAAACGUGAACAUUUUACAGGGGGAACUCUCCAUCACUGAGGGGAACGAGAGGACGCUUUUCAUGCGAGAUUUGAGCGGAACGCGAGAUUCUUCUGGUAUCCAAGGAGACGACGGAAGCGUACAUUGUGUUGAGGAAGGGGCGGUGUGUUUUCCCUCUGGUCAUGUUUUGGCUUAGCAGAAAACAUUGUACACCAUGGAGCUGUCGGAGACCAUCAGAAAACGUGUAGAAGAUUUCUCUCGGAAUGUGUUGUUCGAUCAGAGUCGGACUCGGCCUUUCGCCAAAGAGAAUGACACGUUUCUGCCACACGACAAGCGGGUUCUGUCUAGUCUCCACCUCCAGAUGUCUCUGUACUUUAACAUGUGGUUCUUCCCCUUGUGGUGGAUCAGUGAAACUGUAAUGCUGCACCUCAAGUAUCCUGCCUUGCCAGACUACUACAAGUUCAUCCUUGUCACUGUUCUCAUCUUGAUGACUCUGAUCGAGGCCAUUAGACUGUUUCUUGGCUAUGCUGGGAACCUGCAAGAAAAGGUCCCGGAGCUGGCUGGUUUUUGGCUGCUGAGCAUCCUGCUGCAGUUUCCCCUUAUCCUAUUUCAGCUUUUCAAUGAAGCCAUUCUCAUACAACCCUUGGAGAGGGGUGUUCACAUAGUUCUCGCCUUAUUCAUACUCACACAGGCCCUCUUUGGGUUUGUGGCGCUGCGGGACUUGGUCAGACACACAGAGAGGCAGUUUCAUCUCCGACAGUUUGACUGAAUUCUGAAGCUGCGUCCCUUCCACACCUUGACACGUCUGUACUGUGCGCCUUCCAGACUCAGGCAAUAAAAAGAGUGUGCCUUUUUUGGUAUUACAUGUCGUACAUUGUAAAAAUUCUCCCCACGAUUGAGUAUUAAAGAGAACAUAUGAACAUAUUUAUUUUGAUAUUUUACUCACCAUAUAUUGCGUUGAAUUGUAUUAUUGUUUUUCUAGCUUUGUAAUAAAUGAAAUGUUUAAACCCAA